GCUACCUCUGACAGUCAGACAGAGAGGAGCAUCUACACAUUCCACUGCUACUGCAGCUAGACUGGUGCUUGCUGGUUGCAGGUCCUCUCCCCCACACACCAUACUGACAAACUAGCACUGCAGAAUAGCCGGAGCUGCCUUACUUUUAUACAUACACCGGCUCAGUAGUGUUGGGAUACACCUCCUCCGCACCCUCCUCUCAUUGGCUGACAGUGACGACAGUCCUCUCAGGGCAGCCCGACCAUCUCAGCAGCUGUAGCAGUCAGCUGUGGACUGCCCAUCGGGAUAGUACUGUGUUCAGCAUCCAUGUGUUAUACAAGCGACUAGCCUCACCGGCUUGUCCCCACCGCCCUGGACAACCUGGGUUAUGGUACUGUAAGCUGGCCAGUGCUAGUAGCCUGCUGCUGCUACUGCUGCAGGACAGUUCACGCUGUCACCCAGGACACCUUCCACCAUUCAGGCGGCGUCCACGGCAGGCAAGUCGUCACAGCAGCGACGGCGACGGCAACAACAACGACGAAAGGACACUGCUAAAAGUCUGGCUGCUGCUACAACCGUCAGUAAAAACAUGGCCUGUCUUGUCCAGAAUACGUCUAAUGUGGAUUCAAGUAGCGGGGCAAGUUGGUCCCCCCUGUACGGGGGCAGGUCCAAACUUGACAAGGACGCUAUCCAGAUAAUCCAUUGCAUCUAUUGCAAGGACUGCCGAAUGGAGAAACUGGCUGCUGAAAGAGCAAAACAAGCUGGGGCGGGGACAUCUACGGACCAAGACCCACCCACACAAUUACCUUCCAGCCCUCACACCUUGCUGGACGAGAUCUCUCUUCAGCAGACCAUGGAUAAAAACAAAGAAUCAUUGAAAAGAAAGCUUAUGUUACGGAGGUCGGUCAAUGAACUGGUCGACAGGGGAAUAUAUCCACCACUGAAAACCCCUCCUGCAUACGCUGAACAGAGGAAGCAGUUGGAAAGGGCAAAGACUGGAGACCUAUUAAAACACAAAAUCCAGUCUCGCCCUGACCGACAGUUGCUUGUUCAACAACACAUUCUAGAAGACACUAAAAUUGACCCAUCGUUGCAUGAGAGACAGAGAUUGCUUAAAAAAGCUCGUCUGACUGAUGGCCUCAACACCAAACUUGCCAAUCGACCAGGGCCAUUGGAACUGGUAGAAGGGAACAUAUUGAAAACAAGCGAAGAGCUUGUGGAAGCCAUUAAAGAUGGAUCAAUUGCCUUCAAUAAGACACGGGAGAAUGAGGAUAUCCUCAUGCAGCCCCAGCACUUCUUGUUUGACGAAGAGAGCAUCAGUGAUGGAGCGCCAUCGCCCCCUCAGGAUGACUCCAGCUUCUCGGACAUCAGCAGCCCCAAUUCCAUGCCCCCUCCCCCUCCUGAACUCCCGGUCUCCAUGCAGAAGAGUCCGCCACCACCUCCUAUCAUCACCAAGGUUUCAUCAAGUGUGUUGAGCAGCCACCCAGUUACAUCACCCAAAAAUGGGAAUUCCAGCAGCAAUGGCAACAAUAAAUCAAGACCAAAGAAAUCCAAGCCAAAGACUGCACCUAAAGCUAAAGUUAUCAAAUUCCAUGAGUACAAGGGUCCACCAAACGUUGUUAAGAACCAACAGAGUUCCCAACAGAACAACAACAAUGAAACUCCUUACCAUGUCAUGCUGCAGCAGCAGCAGCUGUUCCUUCAAUGGCAGCUUGAGUUCCAGCAGAAGAACCUGCCAUUCCUCCUGCCAUCACAGAAGCUGGGUGAAGGGCAGCUCCCUCCUGCCUCUGUUGGACUCCAGCCUCAAGGCAAUCCCCCGAACAGCAUGGUAGUCACAGCACCGAUGGUGUCCACAGUUCCCAAGACUGAGACGACACAGGCUGUCAUCCAUGCUCCCACUGUCCUCCAAACACAGCAGCCACAACAGCCGCAGAUUAAACAAGAAAUUAUUCAACAGCAAGCCUCCCCACAACCACCAUCACCAGUUGUGCAAUCCCAUCCUCCUCCAAGUAGACAUUCAAGCAGUAAAUCAGCUGCCAUCAAUGCUGUGGCUGCCUCCCAUCCAAAACUGACUGGAAACCUAGAGGAGUUAAAGGUUGCUGACCUAAAAGCAGAGCUGAAGAAGAGGAACUUGCCUGUGUCUGGUUCUAAACCACAGCUCAUUGAGAGGUUAAAACCAUACACAGAAGUAGCCCCAGUGGCCGUCUCUCCUGCUCCAGUUGCAGUGAGCCCGGCCAAUUCACCAAAACCAACUGUGACAAUAUCUCUACAGAGUCCAACUCCUCAGGACACAAAUGUGGUUUCACCGCCACCCAUACAGACUGUGAAUGCCAUUCUAAGUGUACAGUCAGUAACAUCCAAUGAUGAAGCUAGUAUUAACAACUCUCCACCGACCUCACCAUCAAUGAUGGAAAGUGUCCUAACUCCACUGUCUCCUGAUUCAAUGGAAGUGUCCACUGCUGGUGUGACAUUAAGCCAGUUAAAAAAUCAUAAUUCGGUACCUAUGUCCGUGGACCACCAGUCACGACCACCAUCAGUGGUGUCAGCAAUGUCCACUGAGGUGGCAAUGGAUGUGGACCAGGUACCAGGUGAAUCUGGUCAGAGUAUUAACACUAUUACCACUCUCAGUCCUGCAGUUCAAAUGCAGAUCCAACAGGCACAGCUUCAGCAGCUGCAGAAAACCCAAGUACAGCUUCAGCAACUGCAGCAGCUUCAACAGCUGCAGCAGAUACAGCAGGCUCAGUGCCCGGCUCAGGCUCAGCAGCAGGUGACCCAAGAGGACAUCCUGAGACAGCAGCAGAAGCAUAUAGAGGAACUGCAGAGGCAGCUCCAGGAGUCACAGAUCCGACUCCAGCUGCAACAGCUGCAACAGGCCCAUCUCCAACAUCAGAAUCAGCAGCUGCUGCAACAGUCCGUGGUACAGUCUACUGCUGCUUCACCAAUGAUGAACACCAUUCAGAUCAGCAUAGCUGGCAACAACAAGCCUCCUCAGCUGCAGACCACUGCAGCCAAACCCAUUCAUAUUCCAGCUCAACUGCUGCAGAAUGCACAGACCAUCCAGACUACCAGCAAUCAGGCUGUUCCUGCUGUCAUUGUUACCAAUAGUGCUGAGAAGAAGCAUGUUAUACCGGACUUUCUUAAGACUUCUUUAAAUGAAAGUCUGAACAUGGGUACGAAUAAGCCCAAAGCGUCUGUUGCUACUGCACCUGCCUGUGUUCAGCAACCCUUUAUCUUCACUGCUUCUCCAGUUAAAUCAUCUAGUGCUGCUGUGCCUCCUAACGGGGUAACUCACACAAGCAUUGCUGGUCGCAACUCCCUGCCCAGCUCUCCACUGGAUGGCCAGAAGGUGAUCACUAGGAGUGCUUCCAACCCGUUCUUCUCUCUCCCCAUGAAGGAGCCUCCCAAGUACGAUGAUGCCAUCAAACAAAUGCAUAAUCAACCACAGUCUAAUGCUGCGAUAUCCCAUUCUGACCGUGGAUCAUCUCCGAACCCACCUGACCCAACAACAGUGUCACACAAGAGUCCUAUGAUGGACGAUGUUCUAGAGAUUCUUAUAAGGCAUGGAGAUCUGCCUCCAAGUGCAGCUACAGAACCCCUGUCAACACCGAAGACCACGGAGGCCAUGACACUGCCCAGUGUAACAUCAUCUCCCUCUACGUCUCUCCCAGUCAACUCAGCACAGAGCUCCGGUGGGUUGAUGUUCUCUAAAGGAGACGCCAUCAUGUCAAACACUGCCACAAGCACUGUGACUGUCAACUCCUUGGGGUCUGCCUAUGAUGCGCCGAUUUGCGUGAUAAGGAACAUUAAGAAAGAAGCACCUGAUUUUGUUACUCCGGUUGUUGUGACUUCCCCUCUGCCCCCCUGCCCAGCAGACACUAACACAGAACUGCUUGAUCUCACAGAAAUGUUGUCUGCUGGCGAAUUAGGGGGAAUGGAUUGGACAAGUGACCAUAAUUUCUCUGGUCUGGAUUUGACAGACCCAACACCGGUCUCUCUGGACACCAGGUUGACCAAUAGUGACGCCGGUCUCCUCAGUGUGCCUACUAGUUGUGCUCAAAAAACAGGCAGCACUCACGGAUCUGAGCCCGACUUGGCGUCUCUGGGACUGAAUGACAAUGAUGGUAACAGCAACAUGCAGAUAGACGUUUCAGAUUGGCUGGAUGUUAUUGUCCCGAGCACUGGGCUGACUCCGCUCAGCACCAAUGCCCCAGUAUCAUUCUCAUCCGACCCUAUCCUAACUCCCAAGACACAACAAGAAGUGUUAGACCUGUUUAACUUUGACGAAGCAGACUUCAGCACUCCUACAGAUUCUCACUGUGGUUUGAACUGGGAGAAACUGGCAGAACCAAGCUCAAGUUAGUGGUCAUAUGUGCUGCUGCUGCUGCUGUUGAUGUGAACGCUGAUGCCAGCCCGAGGGCUGCUGUGACCAGAUAAUGCCGAUGACUUCUAUUGGACCAAGUGCCUCCUCAGCACGUAGGUGGACUGCCCGACUGACAAGCUAGAGCCAGUACACCUCAAGUGUAGGAUGCGUCUAGAUCUAGACUGCCCAGUGACUAGGAACUGCCAAAAGAUGAUGUUUGUGAUAUCGGCUCUCACUGUGUGUUGUAGGGCUGCUACAGCUGAUAGUCUUCACACUCUUGUACCACAUGUAUUACAAAUCUACUUCCUAACAGGUUUUGUAUAUGCCUCUUAUGGUUGCCUAUGGUUUACUAAAACACAGUGUGUCCCUUAUGUACUUCUGACUUUGUGGCAGUUUGGUUCACUGUUUAUUGGGUCCAUCAAAACGGAAUGUUGUUAUUUUUUCGUAUUUUGCAUAUAUCUGUGCUGUAGACACGUUCGUUCAUCGUGAGCAGUGGUUGUCACGGAAAUUGUGUCGUACUCGUCAUUCAGUCAGUCAUCUGCCUCUGUAACUAAGCAUUCCAUUCGUACGUCACUCUCCCUCUGUGUCAACUGACAUGCACAAAGUAGAAGUGAGGGCUGGACAAUGUCACUGUCAUCAACCUUGAGGGGACCAUGUAGGAAGAAUCACACUAAGCUUUAUCACACAGACAGGAGGGCCUUGAUAUGGCAGCAACACUGGUUCAGAUUUCAUUAAGAGUUGGUCUGCCAUCACCUCAUUUAAAGCAUUAUGCAAAACCAAUAAUGGUGAAGGAGAAUUUGAAGCACAUACUUCUCAUAGCUUCUUUUUUCUUAUAUCAUGUACAUCUCAUUGAGUCCAAGACUCCAAGCAUUUCUGUCUGUGGUUUUGAUACCCAUCACAGUUUAUAGCAAUAGUACUACCUGUUUGGUGUAAGUCAAUUGAUCAUUUCCAUAAAAGCCAUUUCGUCACAGCAUUAAUUCGUUCCAAGAUGCUGGUUUGUAGAUAAAUCCAGAUUAUGUUCAUGUUGUCAGAUAUCCCACCAUACUUAUCAAAUUAAAUUAUAAAGUUAGAACUCUUAUGAAAUAUUUGACAAUAAUUUUAGCAUAGUAAAUCUACAAGAUUCUAAGUGAAGACUUGUCAUAUGAUGAAUAUAGUCACAUUGCUCCUUCCCUCUUCCCCCAUACAUUCCUCAAAUGGACUCUUCUACCACUGUUAGGCAGAUGCCUUUAAGGGGAGUUAGGGGUGUUACCAGUACACUAUAUCCAUCAUCGGUGCAAUUCUAACAUUCCCCAACCAGUAUUGUCACCAGCUGCAACAUCUUCUACUUUGUGCAUCAUCCAUCAUAGCAUCCAUUGUCACGAAAGUGGUAGAAUCUACACUACUGUACCAGUUCGUCAUGCAUGUCAUCUUCACAAUGCCUUGUAAGCUCUACGUCACGUCAGAUCACCCAUUCACAACUCACUGGAAUCUUAAUAUGUUCGUGACCAGUCAGUGCUCAAAACUAUCAAUUCCAUAUAAAUUAACUUUUUCUGGUCUUAUUUUCUUUAUCAGUAUUUUUCCACCUUUAUGGCUUUGGCCUAAAAAUGUAAUACUGGUACUAAUAUAGAGAUUGUAUACUAUAUUCAGUCAUAUCAGUCAAUGAUCAAUAUAUGUGGCAUAACAUCAGACUAUGAAUAAUGACCUGAGAUAAACUAUGAUAUAUAAAGUCUGAACUUCAGAAAUUAUUGUGAUUAUGAUCUUUUCAGAAAGUCGAGUUAUUUCGUGAAUUUUUAUAUUUCAUCUUUUGGGAGAAAGAAAAUAUAUUGUGAGGAUAAAUGUUACUUUUGGGUUUGACUGUCACAGAUCAUUCGUCUUAUUCCCUGUUGCUGUGAUAAACAGAUGUGUGGUUGUUACUGUCCUCCAGCCUCUACUAUGUAGUACUGGCUAGUGAUGUUAUGCCAUGUAAGACCUUGUUGUCUAGGUAGUAUACUACUCAAAACAAGUUAAAGAAACCGUACAUCAAGAAAAAUAUCAUACCAUGUCUGUAUUUAUCCUCCAUUGCUGUGACCAAGGUGCUACAGACAGCUCAAUGGUAUGGUCACUUUGAUGUGUAAAGCUAUAUAAUGCUCGUCCCUGUUGCUGUUGCAGCGGUAUAUCUGUUUAAUUAUACUAUACCGUAUGUAGAGCAGAUUGAAAGGCUGUCAUAAGGACCGUUUGUUCUAAUUUCGAAAUAAUUUUCGUCACAAACCACAGAAAAGUCUGGUUAUGAUAUAAGCCAUAGUGUAGUCACUAGAGAAAUAACAUGGGUGAAGUAUUGUAAGCUCAGGGGUUAUUGGCUACUGUUUACAAACAUUGUUUCAGAACAGUCCAUGUACUCUCCUUUUCUAGAACAUGAGAUUAAUGCAGAUUUUGACCAUAGUUAUAUGCAAUGGUUACGGGAUAUUGUAUCACACACCACUUGUGAGUGUUCUUUAACUUGUGUUGAGUAGUAUACAAUGAUAUUGUCCUACAUCUGUUACUAUGUGUAGCAGGUUAAGACUGUGUAAUACAUGAUCAUACAGUGUAAUACAUGAUCAUACAAUGUAAUACAUGAUCACACAAUGUAAUACAUGAUCAUACAGUGUACUACAGGUUACUAGUGCUCAGAAGGCUCAGUACGUAUAUGGACAUUGUUGUAGUGUAUCAGUGUAUAUGAACUGUACUGACGCCACCUGCUGACAUCAGUCGGACCUUCAUGUGUUCUGGUGUUACUAUGGUAACUAGGGUAUGUUCAGUGAUCAGACAUGGCCGGAGUGCUACCUUUGUGUCGGUGUUUCUCCUUCAUUGGUUACAAUGACUACCUAUCAUGGACCCCCUUGCCAUUCAUACUGGCAUCUUGUGCACAUCUGUGACUGUGAACACUUUGUGUCAAUGUACGGUGAAAACUCUGGAGCUGAUGCCAUUCAAACAGGAACAAAGUUGAUGUUGGCUGAUGUAGAAGUACCUACACUAGAUAUAUUCUGUCAAUCAGAAAGCCAACCUGUUUAAGUGAGUGCUAGUAAAUUGGUGCAUGUUAUUGAAUUCAUGGGAAAUUCAGACCAUCUCACCCAUCACCUUGACCUUGAAGGUCACAAGGGAGAUAACUCAAGACUGGAGGUAUACAAGCACCAUUGUGAAAUAGUUCUGUGAUAUAAGCUUUUGGUGAACAGUUGUUACGUAACGCAAUGGGUUCGUAAGGUAACAGUGAACGAUCUGUUGUGUAGCAGUCACUAGUUAUUGUCUGAGGUGCCUCCAGAAGACUUUGAGAAGCCCCAGUGAAAACCAGCAACUGUAGAGAUACGCCCGGCGGGACAAGUCCGGGAGAAACAUGUCCUGAUGUGAUUCAGUAUGCAGAAGUCCUCUCUCAUUUAGCUGUAUGUGUCAAAUGAGUUGAUUUUGUAUGGUGUAUUUUUUCAUUGUAAUUAUUUAUUGUGAUUGAUGAGUAUAUUCGGUUGUAUAAACCUUUAUUAAUUGAUAACUUUUGCAUGACUUCUUGAGCGAGAUAUGUCUGUACAUUAUGUGUGUGGUUUGAGCUGAGUUUGGUUGUACCCAUGACAUACUAAAACCUUCAUUAUUCUCUGGUCUGUCAUCCUUCAUUCAACAUUGUUGUCUGUCUGUAGUAGUUCUGUCUAGUAUAGUCUUAGUUGCUGAAAGCCGUCCACUACGUCACUGAUGAGACAGACAUCGACCAAACGUUUCUUAAACAUUAUCGUUAGCUCACUUCACAAAGUGCAUUGUCAUUACUUGUGAUAAAGUCAGCCAUCGAAAAGCGUGUACAUUUGUACCUUGCUGUUGCUGAACUUUCAGUCUAAGGGACCGUUCAUUAUUUAUGGCAAGGGGAGUAGAUGAUGAUUUUGUGGAGAAGCAUGUACAAUGUGAAUGAACCCCCCUAAGAUUUAUGUAUAAAGUAAGUGACACCAACUCCCCACCCCCAAACCCCACCCCAUUGUCAUGUACAAAAUCAAUAUAUCACCCCGCCAACCCCCUUUCCCAUAAUACUAAGCAUAUUUUUUCAACAUUCAUAUGUAUAAAAUUGCUGAACCUAACCACCCCAGUAUAUGUGUACAAAAUUGAUGCCCUUACGCCCUUAGAAUCAUCAUCACCCCCUAGCCAUAAAUUAUGAACGGUCCCUAAUCCAGUCAUACCUGUGAUCUGCAAGAUCGACCUUUUGACAUUAAACAUCAUACAGUGAUCUGCAAGACCACUGACCUCUUGGCGUCAUAUCAGUCAUACCCUUGACCCAGCUUGAUCGUCAAAUUGAGUGGGUCAGUAGCAUAAUGUUAGGCCUGGCUUGCAAGUCUUUCAUUGUUACGGGAAAGUUUCCCACGCAGAAAUCUACUUAAAUAAUGUGUCCUUGAAUAUUGUUCAGGUAGCAGUUCCACACAGCAUUCACUCUCAUUACCACAGAGGUUAUCUACAAGAAUAACUGGUAUUUGUUAGUUCUAUUGGACAUGAUUGAUUGUAUUUCGCUUGCAUUCUACUCUUACAAGAUACUUUCCUGUGUGACUGCAUCCUUGAUUAUCCAGUAUUAUGUCUCCCUAAUAUAAGUAUGAAUACCGUGGACCAUGAUGCUACAAAUUGAUGUCCAAAUCGCUUGCAAAAUGUUGGGGUGAUGGUGAAAGUAUUGAAAGUGUUCACUCGUCACACCCAAGACCCGGGUUCGAUUCCUCACAUGGGUACAAUGUGUGAAGCCCAUUUCCGGUGUACCUUACCAUGUUAUUGCUGGAAUAUUGCUAAAAUGGCGUAAAACCCAACUCACUCCAAAACGUUCUUAGGUUAUAAAUGAGUCCAAGGUAUUUAUUACAAUAGAAUGGAGAUAUACUAUCCUGGAUAACACGGGUGUGACAGUCAAGCCUUCAUUUCCUCAUGAUCACCCAACUUCCAUUUUAGAGAUUAUGUUAACUCUACAUACAGUCAAACAUGGUUAUGUCAAAGUUGAAGGGAUAUUUGUGAAUAUUUUGUCUUAUGCCACGUUUGACACGAUCAGUGAAGAAGGAAUAUGCAGGAAUGAAGCUUGUAUUUUUAUGGUUUAUAUAGUUUGACACAUCAAAGUUUGGCACAAUGAUGUUUGACUGUAUGUAUGUAAUUCCUUGUUCAUACUGAUAAUGUGAUUUUCAGUGUUUCAUCCUCACUUGCAAACCAUUGCUGUGUUCAGCUAGAAUCUCAUAUCCUCCAUUCUGUCUACCUCUUUAAACUGUCUCCUUCGACACCAACUCACAGUUCUGCUUACCAGUUCAACCAUUGGUUUAUUUUGGAACUGAUUAAAAUAGGAUACAUCUUUCCACUUUUGCAACUAUCUGUUAUAGCUGAAGGUCAGUUAAUAUUGGUAAAUUUAUAAUUGAAUAUUUGAAACAGUCUUUUCUGUGAAGGAGCAUUAAAGUCAUUCUCUGUUCAUUUACAUCGCGUUGUUCAAGAUGGUUGAUCAAGAUGUCCCUAUGCCUGACUCAGUCAUUACUCUGUGUGCAGACUGUUAUCACACUCUUACUUAUGUGAUACAGAUAUAACCACAUGGACGUAUUCCAUCUGAUGUCACCUGACAGCAGUGACACACAGCUUGCCAGUCCUUCUUGAAGGUAGAACACUUCACAAACACAGAUUCAAUCCAGGUCACCAUUAUACGAAUUGGUCUUAGCGCUAAGGUGAUCGACUGUCCUAGCGCUAGCCUAGCUAAGGUUGUUUUGCACAGUGGCACCAGCACCAGUAUGAUAUACAGUGUAAACCAUUACUCAUUCCAUCAAGGUGAGGUGACCUUGAUCCCCUUCCUGACCUUCUUGUAGCGCCCUCUAGGUUUAUGUUGUUUUACAUUCCACAAAACAUCGUCAAAUAUGGAAUAUUUUCCUAAGUUAUCAAUAUUCUCACCCAAGAAUAACCCUACAGAAUCAAUUAAUAUAUAAACAUUGUAGUGUGUAUUAGAAGUUAUAAACAUCUGUAUAAUUCUGACAUUAUUUAUCAAUGGUUCUUAUGUCCUUCAUGCUGUUUCCCUUUGCUCUCACAGCACUGUAUGUAUAGAUAUAUGUAUGACAACAUGGACACAACAAGGAGUUGCUCCAGUGUCCUAGGGUUUCACAUUGUAAUGGAAGACGUACAUGAUCUAGCAUGGCUGUAUCACAAAACAUUAGGAGACUAACUGUGCGAGUCUGUGUUCUAUCAGUCAUAGCACUAGGAUUGCAUUGUGAAUGUGGUGGAUGAAUAGUCCACUGGUUGAAGCAUUCAAUCAGCACGUCGAAGACACAGGUUUGAUUCAUCACAUGGGCACAAUGUUUGAAGCCCAUUUCUCGUCCCCCACUUUGAUAUUGCUAAACGUGGUGUAGAACCUUACCCACUCACUCAUUGUGAAAUGGAUAUGAGGUGUGAAAACAAUGCAGUUCUAGUGCUGUGAUUCGUGAACACUGAAGCACCGUGUUUUCUUUGAAUGUUCGGACAAGACUUUGCAAGCCAAUUUGCAUGAAAUUUAAAAUUCAGUUUUCAUUUUGUCUGCAGGGCAUUUUGGUGUUUGCUGUUGAGGAGUAUUUUGUUUUAGAUAUUUAGAGCAAGCACAUACUAGUACGUGUUAUCAAAAAUGUUUGAAAUUUCAACAUUGGAGUAUCUCUGACCAGUUGUCAAGUCUUUGUUUAUCUGUCAGUGUUAGUGCUAUUUAUCCUGCAUGACGUAGACAGUGCUUUUGUUGAUAUGUGGUUGUGUGUUGACAUCUGUCAGUACCUUGCGCUCACAGUUGGACUCCAUACAAUCAAAACUCUCUUUAUGAUAUGGUGCUAUUAUCCAACCUUCUCUUGUAGCUGUGGUCAUGUGUUUCAUUGGAUCAAAGUAAGCUUAUUUCACUGUACAGUACUGCAUCAUAAUGUCACAUUGUGAUCAUUCAGUAAUGCAACAUUGCAUCACGCUGUGAUGAUACAGCUUUUAGCUUAUACCAGUGAAUAUGUGAUAAUACAAGACUAGCCUUAUAUGCACUAUAUACAGAAUAAUCCAAACGUGAUGAAAUAAUGGUAACAUUUCCCUCAUAAUCAAACAAGUAUUUUCUCUCAAUGGGAAGACUUAGAUAAUUCUGAUUAGAGAAAAUAAUUAUUGGUGUUGUGGAUGAGUUAAAUUAAGUGGGGUGAUCAUGUCGAUUUGUGCAUUGAAAGCCCCCGGUUGGUUGAAUGUGGCUGCCUGAUAUUCCUCCCUGUUCAUAUGGCUCAGGUCUACAACACCAGUAUUAUUAACCCUACAUUUUGUAGACUAGUUAGGUUAGGGUUAACCAAGGCUGUAGUGCUGCACUCUGUUGUCACUUGUUAUAUGACUUGCACAUUAUAUAUGCAGCCUCUUCCAGUCUCGCCUUUCCUAUGCCAACACGCCAUUGUUGAAUUUUAAAGUUUGGUUUUUCGAUACUGACUUGUUAUUGUAUCUAGGAUGAUAAAAAUAUUUUGUGAACAAAAUUAGAUAUUUUUGAUUGUUGAAAAUGAGUGUUUUAGUGAUGCACCUUCUUUGCAAUUUGGCCAAUUUUGUAUCACCAAAGUAUGUUGGGUCUCGUUUGUGACACUGUUUCUAGAUGAGAUGUUGAGAUCGUUCUAAUGUCAAGUGUGUUAUUUCAAUCAAGUCCAUACCCAGUCAGUCUGUUUGAAGGCCUGUCAGCUUUUGUCAUCUGCUAUUUAGACUUUCGAAGAUGCCAGGUAAACUCUUGUAUUUCAUUUUAUGGUUGCCCAACACAAAAUAUUGCUGUGAUAUGACAGGAUAACUGUUUAAAGUGGCAUUAAAAAUAUUCUUUCAAAACAAAAUAGUUUUCAUACAGUAACAAAUGUGCUUAGAAUUAUUUUGGAGCAUGAACAUGAACAAGAAAAUUGUAAAAUUUGUAUUUUCAGAAUCGGCAUCAGUUAUUUCCUUCUCAAUGAAAACUGUUGAGAUCUAGAAUUGUUUUUUACUUAAUUUUUUUUUUUACUUUUACGUAUACAAAAUUUAAGAUCUUGACUCAAAAGAAUGAGUCUUGAGUCUGGCCUGAUCCUUUGAAUUUUAAGGUAGACUAAAUGUUUAAUUUAGCCAAUAGUCCUUGAUAUAUAACUGAAUGACAUUUUUAGAUUAGUUGUUAGAUUUUUAGGUGCUAGUUGAGAAGUUGAGUGGAACAAAAAAUGUUUUACAAUAUUUGACUACAUGUGUAACUCUCCAUAAUUAGUGAUAUUAGACUGGAAACAAAAUAGGGCAAUUUUCUGUUGCAAUGACUGGAACAGCAUCCAUUUCAUAGAUUAAACGUGUAGUAAUUCAUAACAUAAGUUUCUUUCAAAUACUGCAGUAUGUUCACAGAACUACUAGACAUUCACCAUUGUGUUUCAUGAACAACCACUAAAUAGUUCACAAAUGUGUUGUCAUUGGACAUUUAACAUAAGAUCAACCUAAUUCGUUAUCAUAAUUCAUUCAUUAUCACCUCAUACAAAAACUAAGAUUCUUAAAUCUAUUUUGUGUAUUUUGAUACUGUUAAGCCCUUGGGAUUAGUAUUAGCUAUUUGAAGAGCACCUGUAGCUGCUGUGUACUGCUGUUCAUCACCACACUGGCUGUGUCUGUCUGUCUGCCUGUCUGUCUGUCUGCAGUUGUCAUCUUCAUGAGACUGGGCGACAGCCAGCACAUGCCUUUCCUCAGACUGUUUGUGUGACUUGUACAUAUGUUAACAGUGCAGUUGGCUUUGUAUAUGCAUCCAGAUGUGAACACUAUCUAGACCUUAUGAAAUAAAUGCUUGGUAUGAA